GGCGGUUAAGGGGCGGGAUUUUAACUGUUCUGAACUCCUCUGCAGCGUUCAUGGAAUGCUCGUCCGUCGUCACACCGAGCAAGGCUCAGGCUGAACUGCUGAAGCUCAAAUUGAUGGAGAGAGAGUCUAUGGAGGAGAUGAAUCACAGCAAAUAACGUUAUGCCUCCCUCCAAUCGUCUGCUCAUUCUUCUUCUUCUUCCCUCUCCAAUUGAGCAGCAGAUGGCCGCCAUUCAUACAGCAUCUAUUAACAGUCGACUGCUCCGACUUAAGCCCCAACUGACUCAAUUCGAGCUCCUCGACCAGAUUUGUCGCCUGUUAAUUCUCCGGCGCUAUGACGCCCUGGACAGCCUCAAAUUUGAUUUUUCCAACUCCCUCGUUGAGGCCGUUCUCAGGAAACUCAAGUUCAACCCGGAAGCUUCCCACUAUUUCUUUAAACUAGCCUCGAAGCAGCAGUACUACAGACCCCAUUUCACAGCUUAUUGCAUAAUCGUUCACAUAUUGUCUAAAGCUAGAAUGUUCGAGGAGACACGAUUUCUCUUGGAUGAGCUUGUGGAACUCUCCAGUCAAAAUGAACCAACGUCGCUUGUUUGGAACCGGUUAGUUAGAGUUCAUAAAGAAUUCAAAUUUUCUCGGACAGUUUUUGAUAUGGUUCUUAAAGUUUAUGCGAAGAAGGGGUUAAUUAAGAAUGCUUUAUAUGUGUUCGAUAAUAUGCCCAUGAGUGGCUGUAUGCCGAGCUUACUCUCAUGUAAUAGUUUGUUGAGUUGUUUGGUGAGAAAACGUGAAUAUCAUACGGCAUUGUGUGUUUAUGAUCAGAUUAUUAGAAUUGGAAUUUCUCCGGACAUAUACACUUGCACAACAAUAGUAAAUGCCUACUGUAAGGAUGGUAGAGUUGAAAGAGCUGAGGACUUUAUUCAUAAAAUAGAUGCAAUGGGUUUAGAUGCAAAUAGAGCUACUUACCAUUGUUUGAUCAAUGGGUAUGUUGAGAAGGGUGAUUUGAAGGGAGCUGAAAGAGCUUUGAGAUUAAUGAUUGAAAGAGGAAUAUCCAAGAACAUUUUGACAUAUACAUUGCUAAUCAAGGGACAUUGCAGGCAGGGGAAUAUGGAGGAAGCAGAGAAAGUAUUCCGAGGAAUGGAGGUUCCAGAAAACGAUGCACUAGUUGUGGAUGAGCAGGUCUAUGGUGUAUUAAUAGAUGGGUUUUGUCAAAUCGGGAGACUAGAUGAAGCCCUCAGGUUUCGUGAUGAGAUGAUAAACUUAGGCUUGAAAAUAAACCUAUUUAUUUGCAACUCUUUUAUAAAUGGUUAUUGCAAAUUCGGUCAACUUCAUAAAGCCAAAGACAUAAUAAGGACGAUGGUUGGAUGGGGUGUGAGACCAGAUUCUUAUAGCUAUAAUACCUUAUUAGAUGGUUAUUGCAGGGGUGGUUUGAAAAGUGAAGCAUUGAACCUAUGUGAGGAAAUGAUUCAAGUUGGUAUUGAACCAACACAUGUAACAUACAAUACUCUCUUGAAUGGUUUUUGUCAAUCCGGUGCUAUCAGUGAAGCUUUAGAUCUCUGGCAUAUGAUGCUUGAAAGAGGUAUUUCAUUUGAUGAGGUUAGUUGUGGUACUCUUUUUCUUGGGCUUAUUAAGGCCAAUGAGUUUGAAACAGCUACAGUGUUGUAUAAACACAUUAUGGCUAGAGGGUUUAAUAAAAACACAAUUCUUUUCAAUACAAUGGUUCAAGGACUGUGUAGGAUGGGGAAAAUGAUUGAAGCAGAAGAGCUUCUUGACAAAAUGAAGGAGUUUGGCUGUUCACUUGAUGUGAUUACUUAUAGAGCCUUAAUUGAAGGUUACUGUAAAGACGGACAAACCGAAAGAGCUUUGAGGGUAAAGAAAGUCAUGGAACAGCAAGGAAGCCUCCCUUCUAUUGAAAUGUACAAUUCUCUGGUUACUGGAUGUUUUUUGGCUAGGAAGUUGAAUAAAGUUGAAGAUCUUAUCAAUGAAAUGCACACAAGGGGAAUACUGCCCAACGUUGUUACGUACGGUGCCCUUAUUAGCGGAUGGGUUAAGGAAGGGAAGCUUGACAAAGCUUUUGAUUCAUAUUGUGGGAUGACAAGUAAGGGACUGAUUCCGAAUGAGAUCAUAUUCAGCACAAUUAUUAGUGGCUUAUAUAGACAUGGCAUGACUAAUGAUGCAUUCAUGUUGUUGCAAAAAGUAUUGAGCAUUGAUAAUAGUCUGAAACUUAAAUGUCUUAAUGACUUUUCAACUCCCCACUUCAUAUCAUUAGAUGUUCAAAAGAUUGCAAAUUCCAUUGAUGAGGGGUCAAAAUAUUCUGUCGUGCCCAAUACCAUUCUAUAUAAUCUUGCUGUGGUAGGGUUAUGCAAAAUUGGUCGGAUAAGUGAUGCAAGAGAAAUGAUUGUUGCUUUGAUAAAAAAAGGCUUUGUACCAGAUGAGUUUACAUAUUGUACCUUGAUACAUGGUGUAUCAUUAGCUGGUAAUGUUGAUGAGGCUUUCGCAUUACGAGACGAAAUGCUUAAAAAGGAUCUUGUUCCUAACAUUGCUAUAUAUAAUGCUCUCAUCAACGGACUUUGUAAAACUGGACAUGUUGAUAGAGCACUGAAACUUUUUCAUAAGCUGCGCUCAAAAGGCAUAACCCCCAAUGUUAUAACCUAUAAUACUUUGAUUGAGGGGCACUGCAAAAAUGGUAAUACAAGGGAAGCCCUUGGAUUGAAAGGCAGAAUGUUAAAAGAGGGGAUUGCCCCUUCCGUGAUUACUUAUUCCUCUUUGAUUAAUGCUCUGCGUAUACAAGGUGAUGCAAAUGAAGCAACAAGAUAUUUAGAUGAAAAGCUAAGGGCAAGUGUAGGCUUUGACCUUGUGACAUAGAGCAAAUACAGGUCUACAAGCACUCAAAGGAUAGUUGGUGGACUCCAAAAGUGGACAGAAGGUACAAAAAUCACAAGACAAAAAGGAAAUCCUGAUUUUGGUCUAUACUCGCUCGAGUAUAUACAUAUACUCGAUCGGGUAUCUGGUUGACAUUUCAAAUCGGAUCAGAUCCGAAAACAAAGGAACAUGCAGGAGAAGAUUUUCCCACGAUCGAGUGUCUAUACCCGAUCGGGUACACCUAUAUACUCGAUCGGGUAUAGCUAUAAAUAUUACCCGAGUAUAGAUCGAGUAUGGAACGAAUUCGAAGAUCUACACAUACUCGAUCGAGUACGUGUACAUACUCGAUCGAGUACUCGACCUGCACCUCAAAAAGCCUAUAAAUACACCUCCUUUCCUUCACUUUUAGAUUACCAAUUCCUAUAUACUCUUAAGCUCAGUUUAGAAUAGCAUUUCUCUAUAUUUCUUUUAGCAUGUUUAGUCUCCAAAUGAGGAGCUAAACUUCCAUUUCUUGGUUUUGCUCUUGAAGCUUGAUUGAUUAUUAAAGUUGUGAGUUAUUUUCUUACUUUCUCAUUGUUGGAGGGUUGCUAAGUGACGAUUAGUUAACGUUCCAACAUUGAUUAUUACUAGAAACGAUCAACGAACCGAUGAUUAAUCGUUGAUAGUUUCACAAGUAAGUAACUUCGGUUUGUUAAUGCACGGUCGUGGUUAAUAAACUUAAGAGGGAUUAAUUUUGUUGGUUAAACCGAAACCGUUGCGUUGAGGUUAUCAAUCUCAAUUGAUUUCAUCAAGGAGUUAAAGAGGUUAAAUGCUACUAUUAUAUCGGUAUACGGCGUUGUUCUAUAUUUGACUAAUAGUAAGGGUUAUUAAUGAACGGUCGUUGUUAAUAACUACCCUCGAUGAACUGGAUAUACUCCGUGAUUGAGUAUUCGAGAGGGGAUAAGUUAUGGAUAUAACAAUGAUCGACUAAAAUAUAUCAACAAGUGGAGAGUAGCAAGACCAGGUCCCUUUUAUUCUUGAAUUUAAUCCCAUAUAACUCGUUCAUCUUCGUGUUUAAAUUAAUUAAAUCACUCAACAAACAAAACCCCCCUUUAUUUACUAUAUUCAUAAAAAGAAAGUUAUUCCUUUCCCUGUGGAUACGAACUCUACUUCACUAUACUACGUAUAAGUGUUGUAUUGAAUUUACUUUGAGUGCACUCACGACAAAGUGCACGUCAAAUUUGGCGCCGUUGCCGGGGAGAGGCAAUUAAUUUUUCUUUUUAUUUUAUUUUAAGAAAAAGAAAAAGAAAAAAAUAAGUAUAUAUGAAUUUCUAUUUUUUCUGAGCUUUGUAGUACAUGGUAAAAUAUCGUUCACUGAACGAAAUCACAUACCACUCAAACCCCGAAAUAGAACAAACUCUCGAGCGGUUGAAAAACAAAUUCUCAAACUCCGACUCGGGAGAAUCAUCAAGUGCUAGUUCUCAAUCUAGCGAGACCGAAGAGCCAAUCACUAUGGCUCAUGAAACAAGAACAUUGAGGGAGCUCACAGCUCCGAAUCUAAAUCAACAACCCCUAUGUAUCACUUUUCCAACUCUUGACACGGGGGUCACAUUUGAGCUUAAAUCUGGGCUCAUUCAUCUACUUCCCUCUUUUCAUGGCCUACGGGGGGAAGACCCGAACAAACACCUCUCGGAAUUCCAUAUUGUGUGCACGAGCAUGUGCCCCAAUGGCGUGUCCGAGGAACAAAUCAAGUUAAGGGCUUUCCCUUUCUCCUUAAAAGACACCGCGAAGGAUUGGCUCUUCUAUCUUCCUUCGGGUAGCAUCAACACAUGGGCUCAAAUGAAAAAGAGCUUCCUCGACAGGUAUUAUCCCGCAUCUAUCUCUUCAAGUCUCAAAAAGCAAAUCAGCAACAUUGAGCAAGCGGAUGAUGAGACCUUGUACGAAUAUUGGGAGCGCUUUAAAAAACUAUGCGCUAGUUGCCCAUAUCAUGGAUAUUCGGAACAAGAUCUCAUCCUCUACUUCUAUGAUGGGCUUGUUGAUCAAGAUAGACGCAUGGUAAAUGCGGCAUGCGGAGGGGGUAUUGUUAACAAGACCCCUUCCCAAGCAAGGGACCUCAUCUCCGAGUUGGCCGAAAACUCGAGACAUUACCAUGGGAGGUCAUCAUCAAAAAGAGUUAUGGCGGCGGAAUCCAACAACUCAUUGGAAAGUCAAGUGGCCGGCUUGACUUCUUUGGUUAAAGAUUUUCUUUUGAAUCCUAAAACCCAAGAAGUCAAGGUCUGCGGCAUAUGCUCGACACAAGGGCAUCCCACCGAUUCCUGCCCAACACUUCAAGAGGAGAACCCCGAGCAAGUCAAUGCUUUGGGUUUCCAAGGUCAAAGAAGAUAUGAUCCUCACGGCAACACUUACAAUCCGGGGUGGAGGGAUCACCCAAACUUAAGGUACGGAAACUCUCAACCUCCUCAACAACCAAACCCUCCCCCUCAACAAUAUAAACAACAAGGGCAAACAUCAAACUCGAGCAUGUCCACUGAAGACAUGAUUCGAUCACUGGCCAUGAACAUGGCCACGAUGCAACAAAGUGUGACCCAAUUCCAAGAAACAACAAAAUCCAGCAUCCACAACUUGGAAAAUCAAAUGAGCCAAAUCUCGAAUGCCGUGAGUAGGCUUGAAGCUAAGGAUUCGGCAAAACUCCCAUCUCAAACAGAGCCGAAUCCAAGGCAACAAGCCCACGCGGUCACUUUGAGAAGUGGCAAGGAAUUGGUUAUGGCUAAAGCAAAAGCAAAAAGCCAUGUUGGAGAAGAAGAGGAGGAUAUCUUGGUGCCAAAUCCUCAAAAUGAAGAAGAGAAAGAGGAGGUCACACCUCAAAGGAAAUUCCCACCACUCGAUUCAUACGAGCCGGUGCCACCUUUUCCGGAGGCUCUCAAGGACAACCGCAAAUACAACAAUGACAAGGACAUCUAUGAGACCUUCAGCAAAUGUGAGGUAAAUAUCCCUCUUCUCAACUUAAUUAAAGGCGUUCCUAGAUUUGCUAAGUUUUUAAAAGAACUCUGCACUAUUAAAAGGAAACACAAAUUAAAUGGCAAGCAUAAAAUCCAAGUUAGUGAAAGAGUUUCAGCCGUUUUCCAAAAGAAACUUCCUAAAAAGUAUAGUGACCCGGGAAUGUUCACUAUACCAUGUAAACUAGGAAAUUCUAGUUUUUCUAGGGCUAUGUUAGAUUCGGGUGCAUCAAUUAAUGUCAUUCCAUAUUCUCUAUAUAAGUCCCUAGAACUAGGACCUCUACAUGAAACGGGGGUUGUUAUCCAACUUGCCGAUAGAUCCAAUGCUUACCCAAAAGGUGUAGUAGAGGAUGUACUCGUCAUGGUGGAUAAUUUAAUCUUUCCCGCUGAUUUUUACGUUCUCGAAAUGGAGAACGAUAAAAAUGCAGUCCCGAUUUUGCUAGGAAGACCCUUUUUAAAGACGGCCAAGGCAAAAAUAGAUGUUUUUAGUGGAGUAUUAACUAUGGAGUUUGAUGGUGAGAAAGUUGAAUUUAAUAUCUAUGACUCCAUGAAAUACCCCACCGAUAAUCACUCUCUUUUUGCCAUUGACACUUGUGACACUUGGGUCCAAGAUGUGUUUGAAGUUGAGGGGAGAGACGAUUUGCUAAGCUCAAUUGAGAACGACGUAGAGAAUUUCACUUUGGAAUACUCUAUGUCAAAUAAAAUAACGAUGAUGGUGGCAGAGUUAAAUCAACUCCCACUUUUGCCACCGGGCUCUAAAGCCCUCCCACUAACCAUUCCAAGCGAGAAGCCGCUACCAUCUGUUUUGCAGGCACCAGAGGUGGAAUUAAAACCACUUCUUGAAAAUUUGAAGCAUGUGUUCUUGGGCGAAAAUCACACCCUACCGGUGAUUAUCUCAAACGCCUUAGCCCAAGAACAAGAGGAAAGAUUGAUUGCGGUCCUCAAGGAGUACAAGUUGGCCAUUGGAUGGUCUAUUGCCGACAUCAAAGGCAUUAGUCCAUCCACAUGCAUGCACCGGAUCCUACUUGAAGAUGAGGCCAAGGCGGUGAGGCAACCGCAAAGAAGAUUGAACCCACCCAUGAUGGAGGUGGUAAAAAAAGAAGUGAUCAAGUUACUCCAAAUGGGAAUCAUAUUUCCCAUUUCCGAUAGCAAAUGGGUAAGCCCAACACAAGUGGUGCCAAAGAAGACCGGAGUGACGGUCAUUGAAAACAAAGAAGGCGAAAUGGUGCCCACCCGAGUCCAAAACGGGUGGCGAGUUUGCAUUGACUACCGAAGGCUCAAUUCAGUAACUAGAAAAGACUUUUUUCCACUACCCUUCAUUGAUCAAAUGCUAGAACGACUAGCGGGGCACAAGUUCUAUUGUUUUCUUGAUGGUUACUCCGGGUAUUUUCAAAUAUUAAUAGCCCCGGAGGAUCAAGAGAAAACGACCUUCACAUGUCCAUUUGGCACUUUUGCCUACCGACGAAUGCCCUUUGGAUUAUGCAACGCACCAGGCACCUUUCAAAGGUGUAUGAUGAGCAUCUUCUCCGAAUUUGUGGAGGUAUUCAUGGAGGUCUUUAUGGAUGAUUUCACAAUUCAUGGGGACUCCUUUGACACCUGCCUCUACCAUCUUACUCUGGUGCUCAAAAGUUGUAUUGAAUCCAACCUUGUCCUAAAUUCUGAAAAAUGCCACUUUAUGGUGGAACAAGGGAUUGUUCUUGGACAUGUGAUCUCUUCAAAAGGCAUUGAAGUAGACAAAGCCAAGAUUGAUGUCAUCCAAACACUCCCGUACCCAACAAAUAAACGGGAUAUUCGCUCUUUCCUUGGACAUGCCGGAUUCUAUAGAAGGUUCAUCAAAGACUUCUCCAAAAUCUCAUCUCCCCUAUGCAAACUCUUGCAAAAGGAGGUGGAAUUUGAUCUCAAUACCGAAUGCAAGGAGGCUUUUGACACAUUGAAAGAAAGGUUGGUAACCGCUCCUAUCAUACAAGCUCCCGAUUGGUCUCUUCCUUUUGAGAUCAUGUGUGACGCAAGUGAUUAUGCUGUGGGGGCUGUUUUAGGCCAAAAAGUCGGGAGGGCUUCUCAUGUAAUCUACUAUGCCUCCUCGACUUUAAAUGAAGCUCAAAGGAACUACUCCACCACCGAGAAGGAAAUGCUAGCAGUAGUCUUUGCCUUAGAGAAGUUUCGUUCCUACCUUCUUGGAACGAAAGUUAUUGUUUACACCGACCAUGCCGCUCUACGGUUCCUCAUGACAAAGAAGGAGGCCAAACCAAGACUCAUUGGGAUAAGGGUCAGAUAGGGCCUCGAACUUGAAAAAAAAUGUCAAAUAAGGCCAUAUUUAGGAUGCUCUGUCCG